AUGGACUGCGGAUGGCAAAGUCAUUGGAGUGACUCAGCAAGAUUUAAAUUACAGCCGCGGCGGGUGGCCGCGACUACCGUUGCCACGAGAGUGGCAGAGGAGAUGCGCUGCAAGGUAGGGGAGGAGGUGGGCUAUUCCAUUCGAUUUGAAGAUGUCACAUCCGCCGCGACGAGGAUUAAAUUCCUCACGGACGGGAUGCUGCUUCGAGAGGCGCUCGUUGACCCUCUCCUUUCUCGGUACUCGGUCAUCAUGGUGGAUGAGGCCCAUGAACGAUCGCUCAGUACCGAUAUUUUGUUAGGUCUUUUGAAGAAAAUUCGAAGGAAAAGGCCUGAGCUCCGCGUUGUAAUCAGCAGUGCAACCCUGCAGGCGGAGGACUUUUUACGCUUCUUUGCGGGCGAUGAAGUCCAUUCUGGAGGAGAUGGCAAAGAAAGCGGCAGUGACGUUGGCCGUAUUAUCAGCCUGGAGGGCAGGAUGUACCCUGUUGAUAUCCUUUACCUAGAAAGUCCUACUGAGGACUAUGUUGAACGAGCCGUCAAAACAGUUUUCGACAUACAUACUCAAGAAGCUGAAGGGGAUAUCUUGGUAUUCCUAACGGGUCGCGAGGAGAUCGAGAGUACAGUACAGAUGAUCUCCGAGCGAGCUGCGAUGCUUCAUCCAAAAGCUCCAGCUUUACUCCCUCUACCCCUUUAUUCGGGUCUUACGAGCGAACAACAACUUUAUGUCUUCGAACCUGCCCCGGAAAACACGCGGAAAGUUAUCGUCUCGACAAAUAUCGCGGAAGCCUCUGUCACCAUCGAUGGCAUUGUUUACGUAGUUGAUUGCGGGUUUGCGAAACUCAGGGCAUAUAACCCGCAUACCGGCAUUGAGACUUUGACUGCGGUCCCAAUUUCGAAAGCAUCUGCUACCCAGCGUGCUGGACGAGCUGGACGAACGAAACCCGGUAAAUGCUUUCGACUCUACACCCAGCAGUCUUACGAGAUGCUGCCAGAAACAACAGUUCCUGAAAUACAGCGUUCCAAUCUGGCCCCUGUCGUCAUGCAGCUUAAGGCGCUAGGUAUCGAUAAUGUUGCGCGCUUUGACUUCCUAACACCUCCUCCAGCUGAACAGGUCAUCCGAGCCCUGGAAUUGCUAUAUUCCCUAGGUGCGGUAGACGACUACGCUAAGCUCACUAAGCCGCUGGGACUGCGCAUGGCGGAACUUGCGGUUGAGCCGAUGAUGGGCAAGGUCCUGCUCAGCGCGCCCUCCUUUGGUUGUGUGAGCGAGAUUCUUUCGAUCGCUGCUAUGGUCAGCUUGCAGGGUUCCGUUUGGGUGCAGCAUGAAGGUGACAGAAAGGCAACCGAGAGUGCUCGCAGAAAAUUCGCCGUUGAGGAAGGCGAUCACCUCACCUACCUGAAUGUAUACCAGGCAUUCGUUACAAAGGGGAAAAAGGACCCCAAGUGGUGCCGCGACCACUAUUUGAAUUACAGAUCCCUGCUGCGAGCAGUGAGCAUUAGGUCUCAAUUGAAACGAUACCUUGAGCGAUUCGGGAUACAAGUCGAUGAAAGCCUUUCUUCCAGUCAUCGACAAGCAGAUCUUAGCAAGCAACCCGAGCAAAUUCGACGUUGUCUUACAACCGGUUAUUUCGCCCAUGCUGCCAGGAUGCAGCCUGAUGGAACUUUCAAGACAGUGAGCGGAGGCCUCACGCUCCAUGCCCAUCCCAGUUCUUUGAUGUUUAAUCGUAAAGCAGACUGGGUCAUCUUUCACGAAAUCCUUGAAACGGGAGAUAAAAUAUUCAUCCGCGAUAUAACGAAGAUCGAGAAAAACUGGCUACUCGAGUACGCGCCGGAUUACUACAGAGUGAGCUAG